AUGGUUUCUUCAGCCGGAUCGCUGCAGAGCAGCAUUGUGGACGUCAGCCCCGUCCGCCCCGCCAAACUCAUCGAAGCCGAGCGCUCCGGUUCGCCCUUCAGCGACCACUACGCUUCCCCGCCGGCCCUCGCGCCCAUCACCGACGGCGAAGGCCUUUCCCACCUGCAAACCCGGCUCCUCACCGACCUCGCCUUCCUCGCCUCCUCCCUCUCCGCCCGAGACGACCGCUUGCGCGAACUCUCCGACGAGCUCGGCGCCGCCCACGACGCGCACCGCGACACCCAGCGCGCGCUCGGCGCCGCCCACGGCCAGAUCAGCGCCGCCGAGCGACGGGCGGACGAGGCCGAGUCCACGGCGCGCGACGCCGAGGCUCUCGCGGCGGAGGCGGCUACCCGGCUCGCGGACGCGGAGGCUCGGAUGCGCGAGGCGCAGCAACUGGCCGAGCAGGCGCACCGGCACAAGCUCGAGGCGGACGCGUGGGCGGAGGCCGCCGAGGCGCGCGCACACGAGGCGGAGCAGCGGGCGCAGAAAGCGGAGGAGGAGGCGCGGCGGAGGCCCACCGGCGAGCGAAGGAGCAGCGCUGGGUCCCCGGUCGACGUCGAGGCCGGACACUCUGGAGAAGAGCAGAUCCGCGGAUCGUGGGCGGGGAGGAAACGCGAAAUCGUCGGAGAGAGCGAUCCGCGGUUUGCAGGUUGGCUCGGGUUCGCCCUCGGAUACGUGACCAGGGCGAUAUUGGGAAAAUAG